CGUCGUCGAGGCAGAAUAGUGUCCCUCUUCCUUGGCCUGAAGUUGUCCCCUUCCCCAAGGCAGCCAUGCCGGUCUUCCACACCCGGACGAUCGAGAGCAUCCUGGAGCCGGUGGCCCAGCAGAUCUCCCACCUGGUCAUCAUGCACGAAGAGGGCGAGGUGGACGGGAAGGCCAUCCCGGACCUCACCGCCCCUGUCGCCGCCGUCCAAGCCGCAGUCAGCAACCUGGUCCGGGUUGGAAAAGAAACUGUUCAGACAACUGAAGACCAGAUUCUGAAGAGAGAUAUGCCACCUGCAUUCAUAAAAGUGGAAAAUGCUUGCACCAAGCUUGUCCAGGCAGCUCAGAUGCUCCAAACAGAUCCUUAUUCAGUUCCUGCUCGUGACUACCUUAUUGAUGGAUCAAGAGGCAUUCUCUCUGGGACAUCAGACUUACUUCUAACAUUUGAUGAGGCUGAGGUUCGUAAAAUAAUCCGUGUCUGCAAAGGAAUUCUGGAAUACCUAACUGUGGCGGAAGUGGUAGAGACUAUGGAGGACUUGGUGACGUACACAAAGAACCUGGGGCCAGGAAUGACUAAGAUGGCCAAAAUGAUUGAUGAACGACAGCAAGAGUUGACUCACCAGGAGCACAGGGUUAUGUUGGUGAACUCCAUGAACACAGUGAAAGAAUUACUGCCAGUUCUCAUUUCAGCUAUGAAGAUCUUUGUAACAACUAAAAAUUCCAAAAGCCAAGGAAUAGAAGAGGCCUUGAAAAACCGCAAUUUCACCGUGGAGAAGAUGAGCGCUGAGAUAAAUGAAAUAAUCCGUGUGUUACAGCUGACUUCCUGGGAUGAAGAUGCUUGGGCCAGCAAGGACACUGAAGCCAUGAAGAGGGCAUUGGCCUUGAUAGAUUCCAAGAUGAACCAAGCUAAGGGCUGGCUGAGAGACCCCAGCGCUCCUCCAGGAGACGCUGGUGAACAAGCCAUAAGGCAGAUCCUGGAUGAAGCAGGAAAAGUAGGAGAGCUGUGUGCGGGCAAAGAACGCAGAGAAAUUCUAGGAACGUGUAAAAUGCUAGGCCAAUUGACUGAUCAAGUAGCUGACCUUCGAGCUAGAGGACAAGGUGCUACACCACUAGCCAUGCAGAAGGCCCAACAUGUGUCCCAAGCGUUGGAUUUACUAACAGCAAAAGUGGAGAAUGCAGCACGCAAGCUGGAGGCCAUGACCAACUCUAAGCAAGCGAUUGCGAAGAAAAUUGAUGCUGCUCAGAGCUGGCUUGCAGACCCUAAUGGAGGCAGUGAAGGAGAAGAACACAUCCGAGGCCUUAUGGCUGAAGCCAGGAAAAUUGCAGAACUCUGCGAUGACCCCAAAGAGAGAGAUGAUAUUUUGCGGUCCCUGGGCGAAAUCUCUGCUCUGACUGCUAAGUUGUCAGAUCUCCGGAAACAUGGAAAGGGGGAUUCCCCCGAAGCCAGAGCCUUAGCCAAGCAGAUAGCCACCUCACUCCAGAAUUUGCAGUCCAAAACUAACAAGGCUGUGGCAAACAGCAGGCCUGUCAAAGCUGCUGUCCACCUGGAAGGAAAAAUUGAGCAAGCUCAGAGAUGGAUAGACAAUCCUACAGUGGAUGAUCGUGGAGUAGGUCAGGCUGCAAUCCGGGGACUUGUGGCUGAAGGACGCCGUCUUGCCAAUGUCAUGAUGGGACCUUACCGCCAAGAUUUGCUGGCCAAAUGUGACCGUGUGGAACAGCUUGCUGCCCAGUUAGCAGAUCUGGCAGCAAGAGGGGAAGGAGAAUCUCCUCAAGCCAAGGCAAUUGCUGCUCAACUGCAGGACUCAUUAAAGGAUCUUAAAUCAAGAAUGCAAGAAGCAAUGACCCAGGAAGUAUCUGAUGUGUUUAGUGACACAACAACUCCAAUCAAACUGUUGGCAGUAGCAGCCACUGCACCUCCCGAUGCACCCAACAGGGAUGAGGUGUUUGAGGAACGGGCAGCCAACUUUGAAAACCAUGCUGCAAGACUUGGUGCUACUGCUGAUAAGGCAGCUGCAGUUGGAACAGCCAACAAAAGCACAGUGGAAGGCAUACAAGCAACUGUGAAGUCAGCGAGAGAACUCACACCUCAGGUAGUAUCUGCUGCCCGUAUCCUUCUAAGGAAUCCUGGAAAUCAAGCUGCUUAUGAGCACUUUGAGACCAUGAAGAACCAGUGGAUUGAUAAUGUGGAAAAAAUGACAGGCCUGGUGGAUGAAGCAAUUGAUACCAAGUCUCUGCUGGAUGCCUCCGAGGAAGCCAUUAAGAAAGACCUGGACAAAUGCAAAGUGGCAAUGGCCAAUAUUCAACCACAGAUGCUGGUUGCAGGAGCGACCAGCAUUGCCCGGCGAGCCAACCGGAUUUUGUUAGUGGCAAAGAAAGAAGUUGAAAACUCAGAGGAUCCCAAAUUCCGUGAAGCAGUUAAAGCUGCCUCUGAUGACUUGAGCAAAACCAUCUCACCAAUGGUGAUGGAUGCAAAAGCUGUGGCAGGCAACAUAUCUGAUCCUGGUUUGCAGAAGAACUUCUUAGAUUCUGGAUACAAGAUUCUCGGAGCAGUUGCCAAAGUUCGAGAAGCCUUUCAGCCCCAAGAACCCGAUUUCCCUCCUCCACCACCUGACCUUGAGCAACUCCAUCUCACUGAUGAGUUUGCUCCUCCAAAGCCACCUCUGCCAGAGGGUGAGGUUCCUCCCCCCAGACCACCACCUCCAGAAGAGAAGGAUGAAGAAUUCCCAGAACAGAAGGCUGGUGAGGUGCUUAACCAGCCCAUGAUGAUGGCUGCCAGGCAGCUACAUGAUGAAGCCAGAAAGUGGUCCAGCAAGCCCGAUGUGACUGAUGAGGUUAAGGAAGCCCCUGAGGCUGGUGUAGAUGUAGAUCAGGAGGAGGAGGAGGAGGAAGAGGAAGCAGAUGUUGAAUUCACUCUCCCCUCUGACAUUGAAGAUGAUUACGAGCCUGAGCUGCUGUUAAUGCCAACCAACCAACCUGUUAACCAGCCCAUUCUGGCCGCUGCUCAGUCUCUGCACCGGGAAGCCACCAAAUGGUCUAGUAAGGGCAAUGAUAUCAUUGCAGCUGCCAAGCGGAUGGCUCUUUUGAUGGCUGAGAUGUCACGCUUGGUAAGAGGUGGCAGUGGGAACAAACGGGCCCUCAUCCAGUGUGCCAAGGAUAUCGCAAAAGCUUCAGAUGAAGUUACACGGCUGGCGAAGGAGGUGGCAAAGCAGUGCACUGACAAGCGAAUUAGAACAAAUCUUUUGCAGGUUUGUGAGCGAAUCCCAACUAUCAGUACCCAACUCAAAAUCCUCUCGACUGUCAAAGCAACCAUGCUGGGCCGGACUAAUAUCAGCGAUGAGGAGUCAGAACAGGCCACUGAGAUGUUGGUUCACAAUGCCCAGAACCUCAUGCAGUCUGUCAAGGAGACGGUUCGAGAAGCGGAGGCUGCCUCUAUUAAGAUUAGAACAGAUGCUGGGUUCACUCUACGCUGGGUCAGGAAAACACCUUGGUACCAGUAGAGAACUGCUCCUCCUCAAAGCAUUGUCUUUUUUUUACUUACUUACUUACAUACAUACAUAAUUUGUGAAGCAAAAAGAAUUUUGUAAACAGCCAAAAAGGUGCUGCAAAGGUUAAACCUAGCUUCCAGAAGGCCCACUUUUAAGGGCUUUUAACAGUGUGUUGAGCUACCUUUGCUAUCUAACAUCACCGUAGUGUCCCAAAUGACUACUUGUUUUAUCUCUCUUGCUUCUGAGGGGUUUUUAUAUAUGGGUUUCCAUGAACACUAUAAUCUCAGCCCCGCCCCCAUUAUGCACUGUAUAUUCCAGUGGUUUCUAUGAGGCAAUAUAUGAGGAUUUCACUUUAGCAUGGAUUGAAACACUGGGACACUCUUGAUUUGCUUAGCUGUUAAUUGUGAGGGACAAUCAGAAAACAAAUGUAGUCCAGAAUUUGUUUUCCACUCCCUUUUCUAAAAAUGUUGUGUUGCUAAUUUCCAAAAUCUUUCCUAUGGUAGGGGGAAGAAGGGCUCUGCUCAAAAGCAGCUGCUAUGCAUUUUUCCUGCUGAAUAAGCAAUCCUUAAAACAUCAACACUAGGGAAUAAAUUUUCCACAGCUACCAAAUCAGUUCAGUACCUCUGUGGUAAUGAAAUUGAUGGGUCAUGAUUGUUCAGACUAUUUAUUUGCUAGGGGCUAGGGAAGAGAGCGCAGAGCAUUCCUCCAGACCUCAUUUUGCUGAAGAACAGAGAUUUUCUGAAUGCUCAGCUUCUUUCAGUAAGUCAGAUUGUCCCUUGCUUGUCCUCUGUCCUUCUGAUUGUUCCUGCUCAAGAAAUUUGUUUCUGAAAUUUCACAUUUCAUGUUUGAAUCAUGAUUUCUUCCAGCUAGUAACCACAGGGGGAGACAUUGGAGGUACGAUAUAGAACGUUUCCCGUGGUGUAUGAGAAAUAUUUUUUCACUUCAAGCUUCACACAACUCAUAUACAGUACUGAACACAUGCUUUGCACACCUUGGUAUUGUGCUACAUAAAUUCAAUCCCUGCUGGCUGGCUGAAUUUCUGUCAAUCAUGGUAGGAAUACUGGAAUUUGGAAGAUUGUUUAAUGCUAAAAUAGCAUGGCCUUAUUUUAGCAUAUUUUAGGAUUAGCCAACAAAUAGUUGGCUUUUUUGCAUUUGCACAGAGCAAAAAAUUUAGGGCACCAGAAGUUUAUCUCCCACACAAGCUGUAUUGACACUAAGGAAGGAGCACAUUUGUCUUGCACAGAUGCUCCUGCACAAGUCUUUAAUUUUGCUUUUGAUUUACAAAGAAAUGAAGUAUUGAAGCUGCAGUAUCACUAUGCUAUCAUGCAACAAUUCAUGUUCAGGUCAAUCUAUGCACAUGCCCUCUAAGCUGAUGGAUGGCCUGUAGCAUUGGUUUACCUGUUAAAUUUUUUUACACUUCACCGCUGUGUCUUUUUCCUGGUGCAAUUUAAAAUAGAAAGUCAAAAGACAGAAAUUUACUUUCUAAUACUACUUUUUCCAACUGCCAAGAACAAGCAGCUUGCUUGUUCAUCCUUUUUUGACUACUUGUGCCUAGUGAUUGUUAACAGCAUGGUACUCAAAAUUGUUAUUUCAUAUCUAGCAGUAAAUAGCCACAACCAGAAUAUGAAAGGGAAUAUCUGAGCCUUAGCUUGGAUGCCUUGCCCUUUGGUUUAUAUUAAUUCAGUAGGAAGAGGAAAUUCCAGAGCAGGGUAGGACAGAUAUGGCCAACCAAAUGUUGGUGGGUUGCUACUCAUUAGUCCUAAACAUAUUACCCAAUGCAUGUAGAGUGAUCUUGCAACACCUCUGAGACUAACUGAAAGAAAGAAGUUGGCAGCAUGAGCGUUCAUAAACUUAAAAGUCUAUGAAAGCUCAUGCUGCCAACUUCUCUCUUUUAGUUAGUCUCAAAGAUGUGACAAGAUCUCUCUACAUAUUGAUUCUGCAGACUUACAUGGCUAUAUCUUUGAAUGAUAAGCCAAUGGUGAGAGAUGGAGUUGCCAUCCAGUAACAUCUGGAGGGCCACUUCUAGUCUAGAGGCCUUUCAGCUCUUCUGGAAUGUCUUUAUCAAUUCAGCCUUUCAUUGUGAGCUUUUAAAGUCACCACCAUUUAAUAGCUUGACUUUGUAUUAAUGCAAUAUUACUGAUGCCUUUAAUUACAUGAUGGUUUAUACCAAAGACUGUUUUAUUUGUUAAGGAAUGUUUGAAGGAAAGCUUUGAAUCAUAUUUGCCUUGGAUAUUUCUUCAGAAUGUCUGAUAUGCUGAAAGAUCGUCUAUGGAAGUUAAUAUCCUCUACACCUUAUGCAAUUUACGCUUUCCUCAACACUCUUGUCCAUCAGGCCUAAGAUGAAGUAAACUUGAAUGUUGGUUAGGAGCAUUUUGCCACUAAAUACCUUUGUUUAUAAACCAGAAUUUUGUUCUAUAUGCUAAUAUUUUCAAUCUUUGUUCUGUUCAAACAAAAUAAAAAUGCAUUUGUAUAAAAAAAA